GUUCAGCCGCAACUCCGAGCUGUUGGAGCCCCAUCCCUUCGUCGCAGCCAACCAUGGCUAGCCCGCUGCGCGCCCCGCUGCUCCUGCUGGCUCUUCUGGCCUUGGCCACAGCCACGACCCCCAAGCAAGGUCUGCGUUUACUGGGAGGCAUUCAGGAUGCAGAUGCCAAAGAGCAGGGCGUGAAGGAAGCGCUGAACUUCGCCAUGACGGAGUACAACAAGGCCAGCAACGACGCGUACCACAGCCGCGCCUUACAGGUGGUGAAGGCACGCAAGCAGAUUGUGGCUGGAGUAAAAUACUUUUUGGAUGUGGAGAUAGGCCGAACCACAUGUACCAAGGCCCAGGCAAACGUGGCUUUGGCUGACUGUCCUUUCCAUGACCAGCCCCAUCUGAUGAGGAAGAUGCUCUGCUCCUUCCAAAUCUACAGCGUGCCCUGGCAAGGCAAGCAAUCCAUGACAGAAUCCAGCUGCAAAAAUGCCUAAAGGCUGAGGCUAGUAAGGCGAUGCAUAUCUGCAGACCGCUGCUCCCUCAUACUCCUUCCCUGUA